CCGCCGGCCUCCGCGCGCCCCGCCCCGGCCGUCCCGGCCCGCGCCUGCCCGAUCCGCUCCCGCUGGGCGCCCCGCCGGGUCCGGCCCGGGGGCAGGGGCCGCGGCCGCCGAGGAUGGGGAAAUCCAACAGCAAGUUGAAGCCCGAGAUUGUGGAGGAGCUGACCAGGAAGACCUACUUCACCGAGAAGGAGGUCCAGCAGUGGUACAAAGGCUUCAUCAAGGACUGCCCCAGCGGGCAGCUGGACUCGGCGGGCUUCCAGAAGAUCUACAAGCAGUUCUUCCCGUUCGGAGACCCCACCAAGUUCGCCACGUUUGUUUUCAACGUCUUUGAUGAAAACAAGGACGGACGGAUCGAGUUCUCUGAGUUCAUCCAGGCGCUGUCGGUGACCUCGAGGGGGACCCUGGACGAGAAGCUGCGGUGGGCCUUCAAGCUCUACGACCUGGAUAACGAUGGCUACAUCACCAGGACCGAGAUGCUGGACAUAGUGGACGCCAUUUACCAGAUGGUGGGGAACACCGUGGAGCUCCCCGAGGAGGAGAACACCCCCGAGAAGAGGGUGGACCGGAUCUUCGCCAUGAUGGACAAGAACGCCGACGGGAAGCUGACGCUGCAGGAGUUCCAGGAGGGGUCCAAGGCCGACCCCUCCAUCGUGCAGGCGCUGUCCCUCUACGACGGGCUGGUAUAGUCCACGCCCAGAGCUGGGAUGCCUGGGAAACUUGCCUCCUCCCGUGCCAUGAGCCGCCUCAGCCCCGGCCCCGACGCCGCCCUCCUGUGUCCACCUUGCCGUUCUCCACGGGGCUGCCCCUGAACAGCGAGGCCCGGCUCUCCCCUCCUCCCGCCAACUCCCCCCUCCCCCCGCCUGCUGCACCCACCGCCGCCUGAAGCCACCGGCUCCAAUCGCCCACAACCUCUGCUUGUCCAGAAAACACCAUGAGACGGCAAAGGCUCCAGCCGUCUGCGAAGCCCGGGACGCAGCUGCUUCGCAGGCAGCGCUCCGUCCCCUGCUCUCCCGCGCGUCUGCUUUUGUUUUUUAUUUCAAACAGACAUUGAAAAAGAAAAAAAACACACCUACCUUCUGUUCUAGAAGAUCCGGACUGACAGGUGGGGAGAAGGCCUUGGGGACCUUGGAGAACUCUGCCUUGUCCGUCGGCCACCAGGGAGGCCACGGAGGCCCCGGCCUGGCCCCGGGUGGGCCCGCGUGUCCGUGUCGGGGGCUGCGUGAUGCCCGUUACUUGUCGCCCCGUCCUCGGGCAGCCCACCGCCCGCGUGGCCGGGAGGAUUGAUCACGACGGUGAUGACUCUGACGGCGUAUUGUGCUUUUCGCGGGGAAAGUGAGGUGGUUUUUUUAUAUCCGUAUAUAACGAUUCCUGUUAUUUAUUGGUUGUUAACUGUUGCUGCUGCCUCUGUGUCCAAAGCUCCCAGAGAUGCGGUCUCCCCCCGCCGCCCCCGUUUACAUGUGCAGCCCUCGCCCACCUGCCAGCAGCGGCCGAGAAGCCGAGAACUUUGUUUUUUCAGAUGCUGUGUUUGAUGUUUGGAGAGGGGGACGGCGGGCUUUAACUGGCUACCGCUCUGUUCCCUCCGGCCCGGAUGCCUCCUCCUUGAACCCCUUUCUCUGUUCCCGUCCACAUCCGCGGUCCUGUGUCCUCCCCCCGGUCCUCAGCAUCUUUCUGAGGACAAACGGGGGGCAUCUUUCGGUUUCUUGGCUCUUGCUUUGGUGUCUGUAGCAGCGAGGAGAGCGGACGGCUUGUCCUGCCCGGGACCGGCGCCAGGCAGGGCGGCUACAGAGGGAAAGACUGAGGACUGGAGGGGCCUUGGCACGCAGGGCAGCAGAAGUGGGGGCUCGUCCUCCCUCCGGGUGGCAGGCUCCCCUCUCUGCUCUCCUGCCUGCCUGGCGCCUGCCCGACGCUGGACCGGAGGGAAGAGAAGGGUGCAGGUCACCCCGUUCCGGUGGUGGCUGCUCUCGGGGCUGUGCCCACCUGUGCUCACAGGAAGAGUUUUAGCUCCAUCUGCCCCUAGAAAGGGCGGCCCCAGAACGGCCACCAGGAAAGCCAGACGACCUUGGACGGAGGCCAGGAGCCCGAGGCCUGCUCCGGCUCCGAGACUGUGAGCCACCUGGCCCUGUCUUGCCCCAGCUGCCCCCAGCAGAGCCCUGAGGCCUGGCUGAGUGAUGUGAAAGGUCCAUCCAUGCUGACACGGUGUGAUUCCAAGUGGGAGUUUCCUGAGUGCUGAUCCGCUGGCGUGUGGCUCAGUGUGACAGCCCCAGCAGACACGGGGCGUCUGCGGCCCAGAUCUUCAGGGGCACGGCGGCCCUGGUGUGGGGUGUGGGCUCAGGUGACUCCAGAACUGGUCCUCUCCCAGAGGAGGGUGUGGGGCGAGGAGUAGCUCCCAGACUGCUUAGGACCUGAGUCGAGUUCCCGCUGCUGAUCGCCCACUCAGCCCAGCCCUAGAGCCGGGCCCCCGUCCCCACUUUGAAUUGUCCUCCGUCUCCACGUGGCGCUUCCCAGGAGGCUGGGCUUCUCCUGCUAAUGAGGCCUCAGACCCUCCCCAGAGGAUGCCCUCUGAGAGGGGCUCUGCCGUGGGCUGCAUGUCUGCCGACCCCAGAACCUGCCCUUCUCACACACGCAGGCCCGUCGGCUGCACGCUGUCCCCAUUGUUAGCCCCCAGGUCCCGCGGGGACGGGAGCAGCAGUUCCAUUUUCACAGGUGACUUUGAAGGCCGGGCUCUUCGAGGCCCCUGUGGUCACCUUUCUGCUCCGGCCGCUGGCCCAGGAGGCCCAGGUCCCACCUCUAAUCCCGCAGUCUCCUUGCCUGGCUCUGACCAGGGACCCCAGGGCCCCUUGGGGCUGGAGGGGAAGAGAGAGUGGGCCCCUCCCAGGUCAGAUUGCUUUCUGGCCUCUGCCUGAGCCUCGGCCGCUUCUCCGGUCCAGCGGGAAGGAUGCUGUUGCACAGCCUGCCCCGGAGGCAUCGCGGGAAAGGGACUGUGGCUGAACGUUCUCUGGGAUCAAGCACGUGGACCGCCCCCCCCCAGGGCUGAGGCCGAUUCCCAGGCAUCGGUAGAGCAUCUGUGUGCGGGACCUUCCUCCACCGUCCAGGGAGGUGGUUGGGCCUUUGGUUUGGAGCCAUGGAUAUGCCUUUUGGCCGGAGCAAGUGGUACCAUGGGCCCAGGCUUCAGGGCGCACCUUGGGGACGUGCCCCGAGACAGCUCCGACUGCCAGGGGCCCCCCUUCUUCCCAGCAGCGCGCUAGACACGGGCAUUUGUGCCGAGGUUGCCAGGCAGGGACAGUUCUGUCCCCUUCUCUCACCAGGACCCUGGGAACCCAGAGCAGCCCGUGGGCCUCUCCCUCUUCCACCCGAGGCCCAGCCCUGUGACCCGGUGCGAUGCUGCUCCCUGGCGACUCCAGACCAGCCGGGAGCCUGGCUCUUGGUCCCUCUGCCCAGCCUCGCUCCCGGGCCCAGGAGCAGGGCCCAGCCUCUUCCUCGCAGCCUCUGCGCCCGCUUUGUGUGGAUGGUACUUGGGAGAAGGCCAUGGGUUCCCGUGUUUAACCAGGCAGCGUUCAGGGAAGGCCAGGCGAACGUGUCCCUCUCCCCUGUUUGACAGCCAGCUCCAUAGACGACAGACACGCCUGAGCUUCCUGGGACUUUGUCUCUUCUCUCUGGGUGUGUGUGUGUGUGGGGGGGGUGGGUGUGGGUCGGGGGGAGAGAUUGGGGGGCCCUAGUUUCCUGGGCAGAGACAGCCUCUCCCUGGAGAAAGCCUCAUGCCUGCCACCCCAGCUUCCACAUCUAAGGGAUCCAAGAAGGGAAUGUGGGAGCGCCCCCUGGUGGCGGUGAGCUGCAAAGGCAUUUGGGUAAACAGGUGAUGCCGGAGGGUGGGAGGCGGCCGGUGGUGGGAGGGAGUCAGGGGCUGUGACCUCCCCUCAGCCCUGGCCUCCAGCCCCACAUUAUUGACGGUGUGUUUCCCGGAUGCCCCUCUCUAGGUGUCCCCCAGGGAUGAGUUAGUUAGCGUAAGGGCACUGUAAUGAGAAGGCCCCCCCCCCUUUUUAAAUAUCUGCGGAAUAAACCCAAUGGUCGAUUUUUGAAUGAAUAAAAGGCUUUUGUUGAAUAAA